AUGGACGAGUUCCUCGCCGAUUUACGCGAGUUAGACGAGACGCAGGAGCGUGUUGAAGCUGUGAGCGAUGGUAUGUUGCGUGUGCAGCGUUUAGGUGACACUUUAAAGGCACAGGAAAUGAUUGAAAGCUGGAUCCAGGCGCUUCGGGCCAGUGGUUUCCAAUCCGAGCGCGUUGCGUUCCUUUACGUAGCUAAUCACGUGCUGCAGAAGACACUUUUUGGAGACUUAGAGGCUCAGAAGACGCCCGUGUUUGUGGAACUGCUUAGUCAGCAUUUGGAGGAGGCAGUGGCGCUCGUGUGCAACUCUCCAAUGGACCGACAGAAUGUUACGAGACUUUUGGAAUUGUGGCAUGAAAAGAAGGUUUUUACCGACACCAAAGUGCUUAAAAUGUGGCGUUGUACUGGCGAAGAGCUGCCGGAGUUUUUGAAAGAUGUAGACAGAGAUACUGAGAUUAAACAGGGAGAGAAUAUGGACAAGGACAUUGACAAGGAGGAGCUACCGAGCAACGAGGACGCAGGAACGGAGCUUCAUCACGUGUUACCAAUGAAAUUGAACUCUCACUCAGCCAACCCGGUGCUAGAUGUGCUCAAGAAAAUUGAUCAUCAUAAAACAGCGGUGAGAUUCUUGGACCAAAAGAUCAGACAGAGACAUCAAUUUCUGAUGCAAGACAGUGUCAUGAGGUACCAGACCGCAGCAGAUCUUGUUGCGGAUAGAGCGACGGCGUCGUCACAGAUCAAGGCGAGAGCAGAAGAUUGUUUGAGACUGGUAAAAGUGCGCAAUAAACUCAUCCAUGAAAUGGCAGAUUUGAAGACACAGCUUUCGGAAGCGAUUGCCAAUAUGAUUGACUAUGAGGAAGAAGCCGCAACUAAGAUUGAGCAGAAACUUGAGCAAUGUGAUGAGAUCGACUUGGGUCUCAUGGAUUUGACAGACCACCAAAAGAAGUUUUCUGAAGAGUGGUCGCAAGCACGAUUUGUCAGUAUGGAGCGCCGAAAGCAACGUGAGAAAAUUCAGCGUCAGAAAGACGAGGAAAUUGCUCGCCUGCACCACGAGGCUAUUGCCGAAAGCGCAAUGCAUGCAAUGAAUCUGGAGGCCGAUAUCAACUUUAACUCAACCUCAGAGCUGCAGUCGCUGUCAAAGGAGUUCAAGGAUCGCCCACAGGAAAAGGAUGCCAAGGUUGACAACGAGAAUGAGCUCGUCUGGAAUCCGAUUCGCAAGGAGUUGGUGCCUUUACGAAGCUUGAACGUGGAUUGGGAAGAUUGGCGAGACCACUGA